GUGUAUUUGUUACAUCUGAUCAAGCAGUGGGGCAAUAAUACAUUCAGACUUAAACAUCUGUUGCAUUGAGAUGCGUGUGUGAAUGAGAGAAGGGCAAAACUGUCUUGUUUACACCCGGAGAGCUGAAGAUUCCGUGCCUCGGCGGAGCGCCUGAACGCAGCACCGCCCAGCCUUCAAACCUCUCCUGAGGCCUUACAUAAUAAAUGCACGAAGCCCCGCCCACUUCUGGAGGCUUCAAAUUGGGCUGCGGACCUGGGAGAUCUCAACACUCCGAUCUCUAACAGGACAAGCGAGCACAUCUGGACACUUUAACGCACUGAGGAAGAAGAGGUGUAGAAGAAGAAUAAACUUCUCCUGCAAAAUACAACAAAACAAAACAAAACCAAGAAGAAUGAUUUUCGACAAGUUGAAAAAGUUGGACAUCGUGUUCGACUCCCCGGAGCUGGACUGCCCCCCGGUGUUCAGCAGCGGGGACGUGGUGUCCGGCCGGGUGGUGCUGGAGCUCAGCGGGGCCAGCAGGCUGGACUCCCUCAAGCUGCACGCCCAGGGCUGCGCCAAGGUGCACUGGACCGAGUCCCGGUCCGCGGGCUCCAGCACCGCCUACACGCAGAACUACAGCGACGAGGUGGAGUACCUGAACCGCAGAGAGGUGCUGCUGCAGGCAGAUAACGGCGAUGUAACCGUCCUUCCUGCCGGCAGACAUGAAUAUCCAUUUAGCUUCCAGCUGCCAGAGGAGACGCUGGUCACCUCCUUCGAAGGGAAACAUGGCAGCAUACGUUACUGGGUGAAAGUGAAGCUGCACAGGCCGUGGGCCGCUGUCAAGAAGCUCAAGAAGGAGUUCACUGUCAUCGAGCCCAUUGACAUCAACACACCAGCCUUCCUGGCACCACAGGCUGGAACGAGAGAGAAGAUGGCCCGGGCAUGGUAUCGCAACUUUGGACAAGUGUUAGUGACGGCAAAGAUCGACCGCAAAGGCUACACACCAGGUGAGGUGAUACCCGUCUUCGCCGAGUUCGACAACUCUACCUCCAGGUCAAUUGUGCCCAAGGCCUACAUCACUCAGACCCAGACGUUCAUCGCCCGCGGCACGAUGAAGCAGAAGCACUCGGUGGUGGCCACGUUGUCCGGCGACAUCGUGGGCGCCAAGUGCCGGGAAACUUGGCACGGACGCGCCAUCAAAAUCCCUCCGGUGGGGCCGUCCAUCCUGCAGUGCCGCAUCAUCAAAGUGGAGUACAUGCUCAAGGUUUGUGUCGAUGUUCCCGGAACGUCCAAGCUGUGUCUGGAGCUGCCGCUGGUCAUCGGCACCAUCCCGCUCCAUCCCUUCGGCAGCCGCACCUCCAGCGUCAGCAGCCAGUACAGCGUCCACCUGGAGUGGCUGCGGAUGGCCAUCCCAGAGCAGCCUGAGCCUCCUCCAGAUUACAGCUCUGUGGUGACGGAGGCGGAGGCCGAGCAGUGCAACAACAACACGGUGGUCUCGGAGCAGGCCGACGAACUGAGUGGGAUCCUGGAGCGCCCCCUCAUGGCUUUUCUCCAAGAGUUCCGCUUCCGACCUCCGCCAGUGUACUGCGAGAUUGACCCCAACCCUCAGCCCAUCAACAUGAGACGCCGCUGCAUGACGUGUUGAACCAUGAGCUCCGCCUGAAAGUCAAGCGACUGAAAUUAAUGAAAUGAAUCAAGAGAUUUGUCUUCGCCUGGAUUACUUCUCUCUGACAGAGAGAGAGGUAAUCGGUGCCUGGUCCCACCAAGCGUUGUGGCGGCGGACCGGGAGAGAAGGAGCUCACAGGACCUGGAUGUCGGUGGAGGAGCUGCCACUUUGUUUCCAGUCCAUAAAGUAAAGUGGACGCUUUCCUGGUCUGCCGAGGGGGUCGCGAUGUGAAGCAACUCCUCCACAUCGGUUCCUGUCCUCCCCCAAGUGAUUUUUUUUUGGCUCAAGACGAAGUGAGCUGCAAAUACCUCCCAAUCAACGAUUCCCUCACGUGAUGAGAUUUUUGAGAUACAAGGGACAUAUUUUGGGGGGGAAAAGAUCACUUGAUAUUUGUCAGAUGCAGAGUUGCAGUUGCAAGAGAUGUUGAAAAAAAAAUUGCUCUUGAGAAGUUGACAAAGUGUCAAAGAAGUGCAAUUAUGGUCUUCAGCAUCCACUCCCCUCUGCCUGGUUACACAGUAGACUUUAACGACCACAUGGUUAUCUAUGCAAUGUGUGACCGGACGGCAGUGGGCCUGUGAUGAUUUCUACUCUUGUUUAAGCACAUACUGUAUCUGAAGGUGUGACGGUGGAGAGACGAUGGCGUAUAUCUAUGCAUGCAGGUAACAAUAUGUAAAAGGGAAAAAAACCUACGUAUGCCUUAACUAUCUGCAGCAGGAGAUUGCAUGGGAGUUUCAGGGAAUUGUUCUCUCAUAGCGUUGAAUAGAACUUAAUGUUUUCUGAAAGAACUUAGAACAAAAACGGUUUGAACAUCUGGAUAAAUUCCAAGUGAAGUGUUGUGUAAAUGCAAAGAAACUUAGUAGCUGAAUUGUCAGGUAGCUGUGGCUGUCGGCGUUAGCACAGUUAAAUAAAAAGAAGUAGGAAAAGCAGUUGUGUGUGUGUGAAGCUGCACGAGGCUCAUAGAUUAGCUCUCAGCUGCUAAACCAAAGGACGAGACCUCUGAGCCGUGCGGCCUGAAGCGGAGACGGGAGCCAGAUGCCUCAAUGCUCCGUUAGGCUCGUGCACGCUGCGACGCCCGGCGCUCAAGUGGAGCCUUAAGCUGGAGAUGCCACUGAAGCGCUUGGACAAAAGAACAUUCCAAAUAGACUCGAGGAUUAUGUUUUUCUCCUCAACUUCCAAAAAAAACUGGUCUUCGAGGUCAGCUGCGCGACCUCCUUGGCACGCACUGAAAAAAACGAAUGUAUUUUUAUACAAAUGCAGUUGUUGAUGUGUAAUCUUGCCAAAGUUUUGUAACUGUUUUUUCUAAUAAAAACUCUUUUAAUGGA